AUGUAUCCGCAAAACGUUGGUAUCCUAGCCGUAGAAAUAUAUUUUCCCAAAAGGUUUAUUGACCAAGCUGAACUCGAACAAUUUGAUGGUGUAUCCACUGGUAGAUAUACCAUCGGUUUGGGUCAGACAAGAAUGGGAUUCUGUGAUGACCGUGAAGAUGUCAAUUCCAUUGCACUAACUGCCGUGCAAAAUCUCAUCGAGAAGUACAAUGUCCCUUAUAAGGAUAUCGGUCGUCUUGAAGUUGGUACUGAGACUAUCAUUGAUAAGUCAAAGUCCGUAAAAAGUGUUUUAAUGCAACUCUUUGCUGAAUCUGGAAACACCGAUGUCGAAGGAAUUGACAAUAAAAAUGCUUGUUAUGGAGGUACGAAUGCUCUUUUCAAUGCCCUGAACUGGGUGGAAUCAUCUUCGUGGGAUGGUCGUUAUGCACUUGUUGUUGCUGCAGAUAUCGCAGUCUAUGCUUCAGGGCCAGCACGCCCUACAGGUGGUGCUGGAUGUGUUGCUAUGCUUAUUGGUAAAGAUGCACCAAUUGUUUUUGAUCGCGGUCUUCGUGCAACUCAUAUGAUACACACUUGGGAUUUCUAUAAACCUGAUUUAUCUUCUGAAUUCCCGGUGGUUGAUGGACAUCUCAGUAAUGCUUGUUACCUGAAAUCUUUGGAUGUGUGUUACAAUCGCUAUGUCGAAAAACUAAUUGCCAAAGAACAAAUAGAAAGACCUACCAUAAACUACUUUGAUCAUAUGCUUUUUCACGCGCCUUACUGCAAACUUGUGCAGAAGUCUUAUGCUAGGCUGUUCUAUAAUGACUUUGUUCACAAUUCCGAAGACCCUUGUUUUAGUAAUGUUCAACAAUUCAAGAAUAUGAAUGCUGAAGAGUCUUUACAGUCAAAAGAACUUGAAAAAGCAUUCAUGGAAGUUUCUAAAACUUCGUAUACAAAGAAAGUUUUGCCCAAUUUAAUGGCUGCUACCCAAAUAGGGAAUAUGUACUGCGCCUCUAUAUAUUCAUGUCUUGCAACUUUGUUGUCAAACGUUGCACCUGAAGAAUUGUUAGGAAAACGCGUCGGCAUGUUUUCAUACGGAUCAGGUCUUGCGUCAUCAUUUUUCUCCUUUCAAAUUGUGAAAUCCGUCGAUCAAAUCCAUAAAGUAUUGGAUAUAAAAAACCGUCUUGAUUCACGUGUAAAAUCAUCGCCAGAAGAGUUUAAUGAAGUGAUGCGAUUGCGAGAGGAAACUCACAAUAAAAAUGAUUUUGAUGUUGUGGGUGAUGGAAGUUCAGUCGAAGAAGCGUUCUUUGAGGGAACUUAUUAUUUGGAAAAAAUCGAUGCAAAGUGGAGAC